GGCGUGGGCGUGAGCGUGGGCAUGCAGGGGAGUCCCCGAAAGCGGGUUUCCUGAGCAGCGGGUAGCGGAGGGGUUUCGGGGUUCCCCGCGUUCCUGGCGUUCCUGGAGGCUCAGGAGGGAGAGGAAACGGGGCACGGCUUCCCGGCGGCGGGGAUUCCCUUAACUGGGUCCCCAGACGACGGGGCGGGGACAGGGGUGCCUCUGACUCCGCCCCCGGUUUGUUGGUGUUUUUUUUGAUGCUUCUUGUUCCCCACGGCAGGUGGUCUCCGACUGGAGCUGCAGCCAUGGGAAACACCGCGAGCGACCGGGUGGCAGGGGAACGCCACGGCACCAAGGCUGCACGCGCUGAGGGCGCCAGCGGCCAUGGCCUGGACAGGGAGCAUAAGAUCAUGGUGGGCAGCACAGAUGACCCCAGCCUCUUCAGCCUACCGGACUCCAAGCUCCCUGGGGACAAAGAGUUUGUGUCAUGGCAGCAGGAUUUGGAGGACUCCGUAAAGCCCACACAGCAGGCCCGGCCCACUGUUAUCCGCUGGUCUGAAGGAGGCAAGGAGGUCUUCAUCUCUGGGUCCUUCAACAAUUGGAGCACCAAGAUUCCACUGAUUAAGAGCCAUAAUGACUUUGUGGCCAUCCUGGACCUCCCUGAGGGAGAGCACCAGUACAAGUUCUUUGUCGAUGGACAGUGGGUUCAUGAUCCAUCAGAGCCUGUUGUUACCAGUCAGCUUGGCACAAUUAACAAUUUGAUCCAUGUCAAAAAAUCUGAUUUUGAGGUAUUUGAUGCUUUAAAACUAGAUUCAAUGGAAAGCUCGGAGACAUCUUGUCGAGAUCUUUCUAGCUCACCCCCAGGGCCUUAUGGGCAAGAAAUGUAUGUAUUUCGAUCUGAGGAGAGAUUAAAAUCCCCACCCAUCUUGCCUCCUCACCUUCUUCAAGUUAUUCUUAACAAGGACACUAAUAUUUCUUGUGACCCAGCCUUGCUCCCUGAGCCCAAUCAUGUUAUGCUAAACCAUCUCUAUGCGUUGUCCAUUAAGAUAAAGAAACUAAGGCUCAGAGAAGUUCAAAUUGCCAGACAGUGUGAUGGUCCUUAGCGCAACCCAUCGCUACAAGAAGAAGUAUGUUACUACUCUGCUGUACAAGCCCAUCUGAAGGAAUCCCUCCUGCCUCCCAGGCUUCAGAAGCAUCUCCCUUGCCUACCUGAGACUGGAAGGUUGAUUUGCUUGCAGGCUGAUAAGUGUGUUUCAGAGCCUCUAAGUAGGAUGCUCUGCUUUCGCAUUUGAUUGAAGAUGAGAGCUUUAUGAAUUCAUGGAAUUUAUUUUAAGUAAAAAGUUACAUAUAUAUACAUAUGGGAAGGAGGUUAAUGGAAGCCUCCUAGCUAGAUGUAUUCUGUCUGCCAGUGGUACUCACCAAGAACUGUUUAGGGAAGCUGCAGGAAGAACCUUCAUUAUAGGAAGCUUUUUUCCUAAAAUGAAUGGAGAGCAAACUCAGAAUCCAUGAUGGGUGGAGAAUCUAUCUCUGCUACCUUGGCUUUCCAGGGGAUGGGCUUGUGCCAGAGUCCUGCCUUCCUUAUAGCUGCCUGCUUGCAGGAGCUGCUUUUCUUGCAUGGUUUUUCUGUAUUCCCAGAGUAUGUGGCACAAUCAGUGUUUUUUAUAAUACCAGAUGCUCCAUUAGUACCCCUUUUCUUCUCAUUUCACAUUCUUGCUUUGAUAAACUCUUUGAAGUCCUAUAUCUGACCCUCCCCUAACAAAAAAAAUCAUUGGGUAAAUGGCCCCUUUCAAAGGCUGUGUAAUAUCUGACCCACCUUGGAGACGAAGGCUGUCAGAAAUCCUCCUUUUUGAUCCCAGCACAGGCCCAGGGUACCUGUUACCACUUGGCUCAGCAUUAUAAGAAAGGCAAGAAUGCAGGUCUAUUUUCUUGUUUGCGUCUGAUGCCACAGCUUAGGAUGAUAUAUUGGCACAUUCCCAUGGGUUUUCCCACAAGGCUUGGCCCUGUUCCAUGUUCUUUCUCAAAGCAGACAACUCUGAAGGUGGUAGGAAUGAACCAGGGAAAAUUUGCAUGUCUUUCAUCCUUGGAAGAUUUUAUGUGCCUACAUUUUUCUUCAAUUAAAAAUGCCUUUUCAUUAGUCUUAAGAGAAUGCAUAGAAUUCAGGCUCUUGAUAAAUGAUUUCCAAGAUUUUCUUCCCUAGUCUAGUCUUCUACAACCUUACAUUAAUGUGGUUGACCCUGUGCACAUUGUUAAUUAAAUGCUGCUCUAGAUACAGAUUUAUUCAGGCUCAUUUGAUACACCUAAAAGGUUCCCUCAACUUAAAGAUUCAUUAGGUCAAGAAGUAAGAAAGUACCCUUGGUGUUUUCAGCCAUGAAAAGUAGUGCCUCCCUGCACUAAGUGCUAAUAGGAUCAUUUUGUUCUGCCUCCAUUUUAAGAACAUGUUUGAUGAUGAAAUGGGGUCAAUGACUUACAUUUGUGGAAUGAAAAGUGGCUAUUCAAUCCACUCUUGGGGUGCAUAGAACAUUUUCCAGGUGUCUGUGCCUCUUCCAUUAUGGAUAAAGGUGACUCAAACAUUUAACACUGAAGGAGGCCAAACUUGAUGCCCGAGAGAAUGGUAAACUUGAUACCUUGCCUGCUAAGAUGAGCCCAGCCACACAGAAAGGGCACCCACGGUCAGUUUAGUUGCCUCCUGCUUUCCCAUACAAAACUGACAGAGUUGUCUUCCUAUAUGUAGACCUCUUAGAUCCUCUUUGUGAGGCAGUAGGGUGUGGGGUUGUUUUGCAGGGAAUGCAGAUUGCUAAGUUCUUUGGUGCUUAAUUGCUGAGAGUAAAUAUUGCUUUAGCCACACAGACCUCUUUCUGAAGCAAUAGGCUUUUGUGGAGAACUUACUGUCCCAACCACUUUAUGAAUGGUAUGCCAUUUAAAAAAUCCAGGCCAAAUCCUAUUUUAACCAGCUCUUAGGAUCUACAUCAUCUUCAGUUAAACUAGAUUUUUUUUCUAAUACCCAUUAAUAAGUGGCCGUUUAGGAGGAUUAAAAAUCUUGGAUGUUGCAUAAAUGACUUUGUUGUACACACAUUUCUUGUCAACAGUAUUGAAAUGUAAUUGCCUGUGUGUUCAUGUAUUAAAAUUUUUAUUCCACACAGGCAUAUCAGUAGAGUGGGACAGGAAAAGAGAUCCCUUCAAUUUCUCUCAGGCCAGAGGCUCCAUUGAAUUGGGUCUGGCUGCAAUGACAGUAGGUUUUAGUGAUACUGACCUUCACAUCUUUCUAAUUUGGAAAUGACCAGAGAGUGUCAGCUUUUCCAGUUCUGAGGGAAUCUCUCAGCCAGAUUUGAAAUGGGAAUCUACUAGCUGAUGUGGAAGGUGACAGGUAGGAAGAACUACAGGAUGACUCCUUCAGUAUUGUUCCUUCUUUAUACUGCUAAUACACCCCAUGGCCCUGAGAAGCCCUAUCACACUUUCAGUCUGUCCCCAAGGAACUGCUUUAGAAGGUAGAUAGGGAGGGAAGAAGGUAGCCCGAAGUAAAACUCAGUCAUUCAUUCUUUUAUAUUGGUUAAAGAGGUAGUUUAUUUCUGCAGAAGAGAGUUUAGCAGAUUUUGAAAAUGCAUAAAAGCAAGAAAAAAAAGUUUUGGCUUUUUCUGGGGGUGUUGGGGAGUUACAGGAGUUCCAGAGUCAGAAGAGUAAAAAAAUAGCUCUUGGGACAAUUAACUUUUAAAGAACUGCAUCAUGGUCUGGGGGUUGUAGGAAAAAGAAUGACUUAGCUGAGGAGUAAUACUAAGAAAAUAAAGCCUCGAGUAACUCAUAACUAUGCUUUUUAAAGUAAAUAAAUCAGGCAUAACAUACUGGUGUCCUUGGAUCCCAUUGUACAGAAUUUACUGUAUAAAACACCUUUCCUUUUACUCUUGUUCCUGUUCUCUACCCUUUUUUAUAUUCUGCUUUAACUUCAUUUGUCAGGUAGACUUUACCAGGGUCUCAAGUCAAGUAUUAACCUAAAAUAAAUGUUAGUCAUCUUGGUGGUAUGGAGAACUUUCAAUCAUGGUCAUUAGCUUGCAUGAAGCUAGAAUUGAAUGGUAUUUAAUCACUAUAGGCAACACCCAUGAAGGGCAUACUUGGCUUAAUAGUGUUGGCUUUUUAAAACAAUGCUUCUAUAGUAAAGAAAUCCUGUAAAAGAAGAACCCAAGAGAAGUUUCUGAGAGAAUCCUAUAAACUCUGGCCCACUCACUUCCCUUCAAUUAUUUCGAGUCUCUUGUAGAUCUAAUCAAUCUGAGAUAAAACCUUUGAAAAGUGUCAGUACUCUAUGUAUGCUGCUAAAAUGAAGUUAACUUUGCAAAGGUGUUACUUCAGACUGGGCUUAUAUUAAUCUGGAUUAUAAAUGAGGGAGACAUACUAAUGAUAGAAAUCCCUGCUUUUAACUGGGGAAACAGCUUUUAAAAUGUUAACCUCAAGUAAAAAUGAUAUGCAGUAGUUGGUAUGUGUCUGAAAUACAUUCUGUUCUCAAAGAUUUCUAAAUUCUCAUGUUCUAGUGAUUUGGGUUCACUAGUGGCAUGGGUUCACUAGCAAAUACAUAGUUGUUCCUACACAAUUCUGACUCAUCCUUAAAGCCAGGUUCUUGCUGUCUUCUUCUAGGGACUACUGAUUCCAGUUACCAAUGGGAUAGAGGACCUGGGAGGGUUAGGGGUCAGGGUCUUUUAAAACUCUGGAUCUGGGCAUUUGUCUGUUCUUAAGCAUCAGUCAUAAUUGGAGCUUGAAGGACUGUGAUUUCUGCAAUGAACCCUAACUUUUGGAGUCAGAAUAUUUAUCUUUUUAAAUUAUUUUUAAAAAGGUUUUAAGAAAAAACCACUUGAGUCUGCUACUUAUGAAAUCCAAUUCUUAGUAAUGGAAUAUCUAGGAUUCAUAUUUGGUUUUGUCUUGAUUUGCUUUUCUCAGUCAUGCUUUGAAGUGAAUAAAUUUUGUUAAAAGUUAAAAUUUUUAUUAGAUUCAGCAUCAAUUGGGAAUGAAUUAAUUGUGUGUAGCACAGUGCUUUUGCAGUAAGACUGAUGUGAAAUACUAAACUGGAUUUUGUAGUCAGGUGAAAUGGUCAAGGGAUAACUACCAUAAGUAUUACAUUAUGUAUUGACCAUCUCACUUUUCUAUUUCCAUCUUCUGAGCAUUUAACCUUACCCAGGUCCGGGUUUUAGAACAGCUGAGCUCACUCAUGUUAUUAGGCCUAAUCUCCUCACUGGGCCCCAUAUGUGAGACUUGUUUGAAGUUUAGUAAAUUGGAAGAUGUUGGUUGUUACUACACUGAAGCAUUUUGAAUGAGUGAAGCUCUGUUAUAGAGGGAAAAUAAUACUGUAAUAUGAAGAGAAUUAAGAUAUGUAGGAGUCUUUUAAAUGGUGCUUUUUGUAUCAUUUAGUGCUGACAUGCAGAGCUGCUUUUCAAUAUUUAAUAGAGGAGUAGCAUUUAAGAAUGGAUCUUAAAACUUUUAUUCAAAUGUAAUAUGUCACUGUACACUGAUGUAUCUGAAAAUUAUGUGAUGUAACACAUACAUAAUUUUGUGAGUUUUUCCAUAAAACUAUUGAGUAAAAGUAUUACACAGCA